GCAGUUAUAUUCACAGUCCUUGUAAUUUUUUGAAUUUCACAGUUUUUUUUAAACAUAUUUUUCUGGCUCCCUUGCUGACAUUCUCACAGUUCUUUUGCAAUAAUUGUUUUUUACAGUGUAGUUUUCAAUGCUGCUGCGUUCAGACGAUCGCUGCACAAACCUUUAAUAUUUUGCACACGGUGACAGUGAAGCGUCUUUUGAGACUAAAUAGCACAAGAGACUGAAUCCCCAAGCAGACCGCAGACAAGUGUGGGAUGCUUUAAUUCGACUAUUUCCUACUAUAGCACCUUAUUGAGUCAGCUGUAACCUUCAACGUUUUGCUGAGUGUGCAGUUGCAAGGAAUGAAUAAUGAGCGAGGGUCAGUGCUGUGCAGCGGCCUCGUUGUUCUCAAUUAAACUGUAUCAGCACACAACAACACAGUAUCGCAAUGAUGCUCGCACGCAUAUAAACAGAAGUACGUUACGUUUCCAGUAAAGCCUCCACAUUUCAGGAUGACCAGCUGGUGGAGAGCAAAGCAGUCAUCACGGCAGCCUAGUGGUUGGUCAACCGGAGGUGAUGUAAUUGACCUACUUCCUUAUUCUGUGGUAAAGAUGAUUUUCCUUAAAGUCUUUGUGGUUAGAUUAAACUGGUGAGCGCACCGUGUUCUGGAUCAUAACUGGACGUUGGAGACUUUAAAGGAGUUUCAGGAGGAGUCAUUAUCACACAUUUCAGGUCUCUUUGUGAGAAAACCGAAUGACUUUUGAAGCUACAGAAAGAAGAUCUACAAGCACUUUUGCCUGAAGAAAAAUCACUCAAAGAUUCUUCUGCCUUUAGAUGAACUGGACACAAAAACAACGCACAGCAACAUUAGUGUUUUUACAAAAUGGCAAAAGGAGAGAAACAUCUCUGAUGUUACCCACUAAAGCUCCCCUUUUCUUCCACUUCCUGACUCCUGUUCCCAGCCUGGCUCUACAAUCAGUCUAUUUCAGCAAUGGAUGGGUACCUCCUGUUUCUGUGAACUUGUUGGCAGCCCUUAAAGGUUCAGCUAUCAUGCCUGGUAGUUUGGGGACCUUGUAACCCUCCACAACGUACCCUCCCAACUCCCCCACCAUCCCCUCUCUCCUUCCUCUUCUAAACCACAGAAGAGCUUCACUAAAAUGGAGCCUCGUGAAUCAGCUGCCGCAGGGCAGAAAUGCUCAAAUAAAGAACUAGUGAAGGAGAAGGUACCUCUGCAAAGAAAGUGGGCGUCUGAGCCUUCUGCGAACACCAAACAUAGCACUUUUGCUGACCCGGAAGCUAAACACCGUGAGAGUUUGCCGUGUGGUGCUACCGGGGGAUCAGCACCCCAGCAGAAGUACGCAAUCACAGGGAAUUCUGGAAAGCUGCUAUCUGGACCAUCUGCAGUUGGGGCCAUAGGAGGCCCACCAUCUCAAGACCCCCAAGGGCCCUUUGCUCAGGGGUUCCCGAGGGGAUACUCCUUUCAGCUGGGCCAGCCAUACCCGCAACAUCCCCAAACUGAGCGCUUCCUCUCAGGAGCCAAACCACAGCCAGGCCUGGAGCCACAUGCCUGGCCAUUUGCUGGCCAGUUGCCUUCGGAUGACCUGUACCCUGUAGGACACCCGGGCCACACUCACCCACACGGGGCUGGGGCAGGGAGGUUUCCCCGUCAGAAAUCUCCCAGUUUACCCAGCUCCUUUGGACAGUAUUCUCAAUCAGGGCCUGAGCCAGGAGAGGAGGGCUAUGGCAAAAAAGAGCAAAAGCCCAAAAAGCCUGGAAAGUACAUCUGUCACUACUGUGGUCGAGCUUGCGCCAAGCCCAGCGUACUGAAGAAACACAUCCGCUCACAUACUGGAGAGAGGCCAUAUCCUUGUGUACCCUGUGGCUUUUCUUUCAAAACCAAGAGCAACCUUUACAAGCAUCGCAAGUCCCAUGCUCAUGCCAUCAAAGCUGGACUCGUACCAUUUUCAGAGCUAGCUGUGGCUCGCAGUGGGGACAUGGACCAGGCAUCCCCAGUGGGCGAGGCGGAGGUGCACUCAGAUGGGGAGCAGAGUACAGACACAGAUGAGGAAGGCGUAGAGGGCUCCACCAUGCUGACGGACAAAGACAGCCCCAUCCCACAGAUCUCUUUUGAAGCUGACAAGAAUACAGGUGGCAUAGAACCAGCAUAUGCGGACUCCGCUGAAGAGCUGUCCAUGGGAUCUAUGAAAGUGCCUAUCCUUAUCGUUCCCAAGCCUGGGGGAGUCCCCUCCACAGGAAUGGAGUGUCCACCCUUUCAUGACAUAAAGGGGUCACACCACAUGUUGGCAUCACAGGCUGGUGGGAGAGCACAUUCACUGGAUGACUCCCCCACUAUCAAAAAACGUUUGGCCCUGCGGCUGAAUGACAAAAAAGGGCAGGACUGUGACCUCACCAUGUCCCAGUCUCUUAACCUCCUCAGUCCUCACAGCAAAGGCAGCACUGACUCUGGCUACUUUUCACGCUCUGAGAGUGCGGAGCAGCAGAUCAGCCCUCCUAAUACUAAUGUCAAGACGUACGAAGAGAUUAUGUUUGGUCGGACUUGGUACUAUCGAACCAAAUCCAGAUCAAGACAGUCUAUCACAGUGGGCAUGGCAGGAGCAGACCCCAGUAGCCUUGCUAGCUUAAAGCAACCAGGUGCUAUUGUGGACAUGGGGAGGAGACCAGAUGAUCAUAUGUCUUUCAGAGGAGAUGUGGGAAUCUCUGGAGAUCCCAAGCAGUAUCCAACUGGACCCUGCCAAAGCAGUACAGGACUACUUGAGCCUCCAUCAGAUUCUGGGCCCCUUAUUAGGAGUAACUCCAUGCCAACAUCUUCCCCUCCUAACCUCAGUGUUCCCCAAGGGAUAAGAGGAAGCCAAUCCUUUGAUAACAUGGUGGCAUCAGAUGAUGUGUUUUACCCGCCAGGCCAUCCCAGACUCACAAGACAGAGUGCAUUUGAACAUUCAGCCAAUGAAGCCCAUGUUGGAGACUCUGAGGGCUAUGGACACAUGCCUAAGAAUUUAACAUCAUCUCUGGGUAUUAAGAUUGGUGAGCGCAGCCCAGGAGUCCCAGAGCAUGUUGCCUACAGUCCAUAUGGUACUAAAGUUAGCAUGUCAGAAAUAGCCACAAGAAAAAGGAGGAAAGAGAAGAGUGUUGGGGAUGAUGAAGACAGCCCUGGACACUGUGACAGUAGCUGUAGUGGUUCAGUAGAAAUGAUAGGGGAAUAUGAAUUUAAACAAGGUAGUUUCGAUGGGUCGAGAGCCACCCCAACAGGGAAAGGCUCUCUUCAUAGUGCUCACAGCCAGUCUGACAGCUUUGAUACCUGUGCUAGCAUGUGCUCUGAGGACAUUGCACUAUUUGCUGACUCUGAGGGCAGAAAGGCAGCUGGGAAUGUCAUAUCAGUCAUCCAGCACACCAACUCCCUCAGUCGUCCUAAUUCCUUUGACAAGUCAGAGUCCUUUGAGCAGCCAGGAUAUCAGCCAUCAGACAAAGUUCUAUCUAAUCAGUACUCUGAACAGUCUGAUACAGAGAUCUUUGAAGAUGCUCUUAGUCCUGAAUCAACCCUUCUAAGGACAGAGAGCAUGGAGCAGCCGCUACAAAGUGACAGUGACCUAGCCUCCCUUUCACCUUUGUCAGCUGCAGCUUCACCUGGCCAGCCUUAUCACAUCCCACACAAACUAGUCCGACAACCCAACAUUCAAGUUCCUGAGAUAAGGGUGACUCCAGAGGAGCCAGACAAGCCUGAGAAGGACACUGAAACGCCAAUGUCCAAGGAGCCGGAGAAGCAGCAGCAGCAUGUUGAGGAGUUCCAGCUGCCACAAAGGAGUGACACACUUUCCCAGAUGCCAUCAGAAAAACUUCCACCCAAGAAGAAAAGGCUGCGCCUGGCAGAUAUGGAGCACUCGUCUGGAGAGUCAAGCUUUGAGUCAACCUGCACCAGUCUUUCUCGCAGCCCUAGUCAGGAGAGUAACCUGUCCCACUCCUCUUCCCUUUCCAUGUCCUUUGACAGAGAUGAAGGCCUCAAGUCUGUGUCCCCCACUAAACAGGAUGACUCGUUGGCUUCUGGUGGUGGAGCAAAGCAAUCAGAGUUCCUCACUGUGCCUGGCAGUGGUUAUUCCAGCCACCACCAGCAGAGAGAGAUGAGAAGAUCUUCAUCAGAGCAGGCACCAUGCACGCUGCCCACAGAGUUGCCUGAAAUGCGGAGCAAAUCCUUUGACUAUGGAAGCUUGUCCUCCUCCAGACAGGGAGAGCUAUACUCCAGUGCCUCUGCAAUGAAGGAACGCCGGCGUGGAUUUCUUGUUCGACAGGCUUCACUGAGUGUUUAUCCAGAGGCAGUCUCCCAGGAGCCAGGAGGUUCUGAAAUGUCAAUCAAACAGGAGAGUUUGGAACAUGGCGCAUGGCCUGGUCCAGCAGGAUCCCCCCACAGCUGCAGCGACGUGGCCAGCAGACCCAAGAGAGCUGGCACUAACAGUGGUGGUGUAGGACCUCACCAACAUCAACAGCAUCACCAGCAUAUUCUCCAGCAAAGUAUCAGUGAGGACAGCCUGCAAGAUGAACCUCUCUAUAGCAGGUCCCAGCAACAUCGCCUGCAAGCCCAGGGCUCAUCAUCUGAGGGAGAACAUCCCGGUCAUGACGUCAAAAACAAGGAUAUAAUCCAGCAGUACCAGAGUGGUCCCCCUUAUCGUGCAUGGUCCCCAUCACAGCCAGGUCUAUUCUGGAGUCAGGAGGCUGAACAGACACCUAGACAGCAGCAGACCCUCCAGGCCCAACAGCAACUCCAAAAACUCCACAUCAGAUCACCAGGAAACCUGCCUGGCCACCUACCCCACAAACAGCAACCACUCCACCACCUACAGCAAAUCCAUGAUCAACAGCCAUACGAUGGAAAGUCAGAAAAUCCAAACUCUCAACUUUACACUGCCUCCUUUUCAUCUCGCACCUCUCCUCUCUCCCAGCAACAGCAGCAGAACUUAGGAUCGAUCUCUAAGCUUCCAUUACCCAACUCCACUACCCCUUCCAUGCUUCUGCAGCAGAUCCAACCUGUCUUUGCCACCCAGAACCUGGGCUCCCAGGCCUCUUUGCCUGGUUUACUGGUUCCUGUACGGAUCCAAACCCAUGUGCCAUCAUUUGGUAGUGUUAUGUACACCAGUGUUAGCCAGCUAAUAGCCUCCCAUGGAAGUGGGGCACAAGGAUUAGGCUCAGCCAGGCAAGGCAGUGUUGACAACAGCAAUAUGUCUCCCCCAGUCGGGGUUUUGAAUGUCAGCAAGCCACCUACAGGAGUUGGAGGAGGCAUGAGUGGAACAGGUUUCAACUUAUCACACUUCCUAGGACAGACUGAUGGUGCAUUGCUGCGUUACCCUCUCUGGAAGGGUCCAGAUUCACUGCCAGAGCCACGGCUGAACACAGGGAUUCCACUGUCACUAACAUCAGGCACUAUAUCAACCACAGACGCCUCAGGAUCUGGCAUCGGACCCAGCAAGCGCAUGCUUUCCCCCGCCAGCUCACUUGAACUCUUUAUAGAGACUAAGCAGCAGAAAAGAGUGAAGGAGGAAAGGAUGUAUGGACAGAUUGUCAAAGAGAUGAGCGCCGUGGAGCUAAGUGGAACUGAAAGCAGCAGCAAGCCUGAGAAGAGAGGUCAGAGAGCCCAUCUAAAAAGUGAAGGCUCUAUGGAUGAUUCUGAAAGGAUGUCUUCUUCUCCUCCACUAAGUGACUUCCCAGUUGCCACCAAGAUUGCCAUUCCUGUCCGUUCAUCUGCCCCCCACCUCUCUGAUGUACCCCGGGCUGAGAGCUUCACCCCUCCUCUCCAGAUUGUCACAGACCGUUCUCCAGUUUCAGGUGGCCGGGACUCCCCAGAGGAGCUUGAUGUGGACGAUUCAGCUCCAGAGCCCAACUCUAGUCCAGAGUCCAUGAUCUCCUCCAAUGAUGCAGAAGAUAGUGAUAACACAAAGCAGCCUACAGCUAGCAAAAUCCCUGUCAGCAUGCUGGUUCAGCUUGCUGCCAACCAAAGCGGAGGAUUAGCUGGAGCAGUGGGUCAGACUCUGUUACUAACAGAUGUGGCUGAUGUCCAGCAGUUUUUCCAGUUCCCAAGCCUGCGCACCAUGAGCAGAGUCAGCUGGUGUUUCCUGAACUACACCAAACCCAACAGUACACAGGCUGCUUUACGUAGCUCUGUCUACAAUUCAUGGUGUGUCAGCUCAUAUAAUCCUAAUCCUCUGAACCUCAGUACCAAGGCUGCACUGGCUCUGCUGAGGUCCAAACAGAGGAGAAACACUGAUUCGAUGUACACAGCAGCAGCCAUGUCACCACCCAGCUCGGGAAAACUGGUGUCAUCUGUGGCCUGGAAGCUGAGGUUUGAUCAGUUGAAACCAGAGCUGAUGCCAGUUGAUGUCAGUAAUUUUGGGAGGAAGAUGAAGGGAGUGGUGUCAUGGGACCGUUCGAAGGAGGAGCAGGUAGAGAAGGAAGUCUCAGCCAAACAGCCCGCCACUGAACCGACCCGCAUCAAAAUCUUCGAAGGCGGGUAUAAAUCCAAUGAGGACUAUGUUUACGUUCGUGGUCGCGGUCGAGGGAAAUACAUCUGCGAAGAGUGCGGAAUCCGUUGCAAGAAGCCCAGCAUGCUGAAGAAACACAUCCGAACCCACACUGACGUCCGACCGUACGUCUGCAAGUUCUGCAACUUUGCAUUCAAGACGAAAGGAAACCUGACGAAGCACAUGAAGUCUAAGGCUCAUAUGAAAAAGUGUCUGGAUCUGGGAGUCUCCAUGUCUUCGGUCGAGGACACGGAGGCAGAUGAAGGAGAUGUUGGAGAUGAAGGCCAGAGGUCCUCUGAGAAGACUUCCAGAGGCGCCAUGGCGGAGCACCAGUUCUCAGACGCUGACGACUCCGAGGGUGGUGAGGAAGACGGCGAUGAGGUGGAUGAUGAAGACGAUGAAGAGGAUGACUACGACGGUGACUCCACCCCGAAGACUCGCUCGCGCUCCACCAGCCCGCAGCCUUACGGCCUGCCCUCGAUGUCCAUCACAGCCGUGGCCUCCUCCCACCCCGCGCCUCACCUCUCUCAUCAUCCUGACCUUCUGGGAAACACCAACAAGCCGCCUCUGUUUGGCUACUUCACCACCGUUCCGAGCAUCCAGAUCACGCCGCAGGCUCCGCCCAGCGACCCGGCCGCCAGGGAUCGCAUUCAGACCGACUACCAACGAGGACAGCAGCGGCCGCUGGGUAGCAGGCUGCUGGUUCCUCCCUCCUCUUCCUCCUCCAUGGAUGAAGACCUCCCAGUCCCCUCCCCAGACCUCUCCUCCCCCUCCUCUCGCCUGUCCUCACCCGGGUUGGACCACUCCGGCUGUCCGUCCCCCAUCUCCCCAUCCUCCUCACCCUCAUCCCGCCGUUACCUCUCCCCACGUCGGGACCUCUCGCCUCGUGCUGGACACCUCUCACCCCGGCGGGACAUCUCUCCGCUACGUCACAUCUCCCCUAAAAGGGACCUGGGGGCAGCAGGAGGGUACCGGCGAGACCUUUCGCCCAGAAGGGGACACCCCUUUCUGCUCUCCCCUCUCUCUCGGCCCACGUCUCCGGCAGGAAGAGACUUCAAGCGUGACCUUUCGCCACGAGGCCGCCACAGGGGGAUGAUCCGGCCGGUGUCUCCUCGCCGAGGGCUCCACCAACACCUCCACCACCAAAGCCAGCAGAGCGGAGCGCGAGGCCUGAGGCCGAGUCAUCAGACUGGAGUGUUGGGUCAGGGAGAGUUCGGCCCUCUGGGACAUCGCAGAGCCAGCACAGAAAUGGAGACGGAACAUUGUCCAGAUUCACUGUCGCCAGGGGAACGGGACCAGGGUGGUAGCCGCGGCAACCAAUCCAGCCCACCCCACCAAGUUUUGUUCAGUCACCUUCCUCUCCAUUCACAACUCCAGGUGCGCUCACCUUUCCCGAUGAUCCCCAUCGGAGGGAUCCAGAUGGUACACUCCGUCCCCACGUCCGUCACCACCCCUCUGGCUCAGCAGGGGGCGCCGCAGGUCGCCUCCCGCCUGUCGCUGCAGAAGAGCACGUCGGAGGACUCCACCACCGGCGAGACCACUUCCACGCAUUUCACCUCCUUCCCCGAGAGGGGAGGGCGAAGAGGAGUAGUAACGGAGAGGGUGAGGGAAUCGACGUCGCCUCACCGGUACUCACAGGAGAAGGAGGGAGGAGGGGUGAGGCGGGAGCAGGAGCAGGAGGAGAGCAUCCACACCUGCACCAAGGCCAUCGCCUCCCUCUGCAUCGACUCCGAGGAGAACGCAGAGAGAGGAGGAGGAGGAGGAGGAGGAGGAGGAGGAGGCAGAGGGGAUGAAGGGAGAGAUGGAGGCAGAGCUCCCUCCUCCUCCUCCUCCCCUUUAGCACCCGACUCCCAUCAACUACAGCAGCGCUCGACACCCGUCUCCAUGUCACCGCCGUCUCCCCACCCCUCACCGUCUCCCCCUCAAGGUCCUGGGAUUCAGCACUUUAGCGGCCUGGAGCUCAGGCCUCACCACCCAUCAAUCCCUGCCUCCCCUCACUCCUCCUCUUCCUCCGCCUCCUCUCCUCACCCUCCCAGCCCUGGAUGUGACACUCUACAGCCUCCAGCAGCAUCCAAGCCUCUCAAGCUGGAGAGAGACAGGGAGGCAGAAAGCACAAAAAGAAGCAAGGACGUGUCGUAGUGCUGCAGAAGAAGAACAAGCGCAGGAGAAACGAUGGAUGUCUUUUUAUGUCGUUGUUUUUGGAUAAUAGGAAGGGAUGAAGUGCAACAGAGAGAGAAAUAAUGACUUUUGCACACUUUACAUUUCUUCUAAUUCAACUGACACACACACAGACACUCUCUCUCUUACA